AUGAACAUCAAAGUGCCAGGGAAGAACCGGAGGCUGAAGCAGGCCAAAGAAGAAGCACAGGCUGAAAUUGAACAGUACCGCCUGCAGAGGGAGAAAGAGUUCAAGGCCAAGGAAGCUGCGGCUCUGGGAUCCCAUGGCAGUUGCAGCACUGAGGUGGAGAAGGAGACCCAGGAGAAGAUGACUAUCCUCCAGACCUACUUCCGGCAGAACAGAGAUGAUGUCCUGGAUGAUCUCCUGAGCUUUGUGUGUGACAUCCGGCCCGAAAUCCAUGAAAACUACCGCAUAAAUGGAUAG